AUGGGCGCAAGAUACUUCGCGUCCGCCUGGCUUCACCCUGAAGAAGUAACACACGCGAAGCAGCAAGAAAGUCAGGAACGGAUUUCGAAAAAGCUGACCAUUCUUGGCUCUGUCUUACCUCGUCGCUUUCAUAGCUUGAUAUCAUCUCUACAAGCCGACUUGCAUCAUCUUUAUUCCCCCGUCUACCCUCAAGUUCUUACUCAUGGAGACCUCUGUGAGAUGAACAUCCUUGUUAUGCCGGAGACUGGUCAGAUUUCGGGUAUCGUGGAUUGGGCAGACGCGAGAUGGAAGGAUGAUGAGAAUCGAGGGCAGUUGGAAGAGGAGUUUUGGCGGUUGUUUUGGGAUGCAGUUGAUGUUGAUAGAAAUGGGCUCAAAGACCAACUGGAGAGGGCCGUACGGGUUGCACGAGACAUUGGUGUCCUCCUAAGGCAUGGGUUUAGCUGGGAUGAAGGCAUCUAUGAGGGGCCGGUGUCUGCGACAGAUACAAACAGCAUGCGAUAUUUCGAUGCACUUCUUUUAUCAACAAAACAGAUGACAUAG